CUUUUGUUAGAGCAGCUACGAACACUUCUUUGUCGGAAAAAAGUUGGUCUUUAUACAGCAAGAAUAGCCAAGGUGAAAUGAUUCAGCGAACCUUCAUGUUUUGUAAUCAAUUUUAUUCUGGCUUGGCUCGCUCUAAAUCAGGCAAGUAUUUUAGGCGACCCGAAAUGAGCGGAAACAGUGAAACUCAGUUAUAUUUUCGCAAAGAUAUUAUUAUAGCACUUUUCUCGUAAGUGAAGUCAGUAGUAAGUUCAAAUGGUUUGCCAGCGUUUUAUUCAAUCAAAUCUAGUCUAUUCCUUCUCUCCUUGAAUAUUUUUUCGGAGCGUUUUGGCGAAAUUCGCCGACAAUAGAGACUUUUGGUCGAAAAGAUAAGAGCGGAAACAACACAUGAUGUUAACAAAAUAAAAGAUGGUAAAAUCAUACUAAGUUUAAAAUUAGGAAAAGAUUCAAGUAGAUGCUGAAAGGGAAAAGUAAAUUGAUUUCGCCAUUUUUAGUGGCCCAGAAAAUAGAUCGCUGUGUCCGCAGUUUAAUACAAGGAUGAGGGUAAGAUGGCGGAUUUUGAAGACUUUUAGGAUCUCGUUUAUAUUUCUGAAAACCAAAAGGCAACACUGGAUAAUAAUUAGUAUUCCUAUGUUUGGUAUCUCUGAUUAAUAAUAUUGCCUUUACUGUCUUGCCGAACCAUGUCUCAAAGUCUAAAAGAGGCGUUUUGUGAUAUAAAUGACUCAAACGGCUACGGAGUGGUAAAUAAGAAAAAUACAAUUUUGAGGUACCAUAAAUCAAUUAAAUAGGCUGACUGCUUUGUUUUUGUGGCAGUUUUUCAUUAGCAACUUAACAUGACAUGCGCCGUGGGUAAAGUGACCGAACAAUCACAUGACGUGACAAUUACAUGUUGCCAGAGUGACAUAACUUCCUCUCGUAAUUAGGCAAAUGAAGGCGUAACAGACAGAGUGGGAAAAAGCACCUCAGUGAUCAACCACAAGAGAGGUAGAUAAAGAAAGGGUAUGUUUUCCAAACCAGGCGACAAAGAUAAGGAGAGGGGUAAUCGCCAAAAUAAUUCUUUACCGAAAUCAGCCACGAGAGCAGAUGGAAGGAUGAAAACACUACGCAGCUUGCGCUUAAAGUAUUUGCACUCUACACGCCCUACGGAAACCAUUGGAGAGUCACCUUCUUCAACACCUGAAGAUAAAAGACGGAAUUCUAUCUUCGUCAAGACAGAUAUCUCACCUGCUCUAAGUUCUAAGCAGGCUACAUUAAGUAAAUCUCCUGAGGCGAAAGUUUAUCGAUCAUUCACGGAAGAGAAAGGAACGAAUCAAGUGGGGGGAGGUAUAAGAACCUUAAAGCCUGAACAAACAAGCACAGAGAAUGCCAAAACAAGCUUCACGAAACGGUCAACAGAAACGGUCCACACAUCUCCUAUCAUUCAGCCAGCCGACGCAGUCAAGCGUUACGCUUUACUUAGAGGAAUGUUAAGUCAGUAAGUGGCUUUACAGAACCUAAGAGAGCGCUUAAGUCAAGGGUCGUAAUAGAACGAGGCAAUCAAAACUACCAAUCAGAACAAAGUGAAUGACAUCGUAGUCUAUUAUGGGACCCAGAGUAGAUAAAACGAUAACUAAAACGUGAUCAGAGAGAUCGCACGUGAAAAUGUUGCAAUUUUCUUAAUCGUUUACAUGCAUGAUCAUGCUUCAUUGUUUUGAGUCAAUCAUAAAACAAAUUAAGGAAAACCCAUGUAGUUAUGGAUUACUUCAAAAGGGAAAAUGCACUUUUGCUUUUUGACCUUUCUGUUCGGGGCUAAAAAUGAACAAACAGUUAUCUUGUAAAAAUCUCAAAGUUGUUCAGUGUUUACGUCCUGGGGCAUUGCAAUUUUCACGCCCCACUUUUGGUUUUCGUAACGCUUUUUUGUUCAGCUUAAGCUUGAUGAAAAAUUAGAUACCAUUAUAAAGAUGAAUGCUACUGUCUUUGACUGGGAUAUUUGCCGUGCGACUCGAAGAAUAGAGGGGUCAAAAAACUCUGUUUCGCAACUCGCAAAUCAGUAGUCAUAACGUGAUAUUAGAAUUACAAUACUGUUUGACAUUUUUUUUCGAUCACAAAAGAUCUAGAUUUGAAAAAGACCACGAUGUAAAGAAAGAUAGAAAUGAAUGCAAGGUAUUCCAGGAUAGAGCUCAACGCCGACCAAGCAGGUUGACGCCUGAUACAGUGCAACUAGAUCAGAAAGAAUACAAACAAUGGAUGAACAGGAUUUCGUUUUGCGACUCAAAAACAGUGUACGACUCAUGGAAGACAACCAAUGUUGGCUCCAGGAGCGACAAUAAAUAUGUGAUAACAGCAAAGCGGGUGAGAUUGCGUUAACUAAUGCCCCAUUCACACCAAAGCUUAAACAUGUUUAAAAGUUGUUUUGUUAAACACAGUUUAAUUUUUUUUUUCUUCAUAGAAACUAUUUAACCGAAUAUUUUUGACUUGAAUGUAGCACAUUGGAAAUGCAAGUUAGCAAGUACUUGAAUCCAAUGGAAAAUCAAGUUUUCCAGUUCUCUGUUUAUAAUUUUCAUUCAAUGAAAACCAGUUUAACAAAACAUGUUUUGCUGGUGUGAAUGGGGUAUAAGAUAGCAAUGCAUAAAAUUAGUAGUAUAAUGAAGCUCUCGCGCAUGAAUUGAAUUGAUUUUGUGGGAAAAUUAGUCAUGAUAAGCAGUGAAUAGCUCUAGCUUGUCUAGUAAUAAGACGUGUUUCUGUUUUCAUCUUUUAGUUUCCUAAACGAAUCUACAUCCGGGAGGUUUCAAACGGUGCUAUUGUCGACGAAAUCGUUGAUGUUCAAAGCGAGAGCGAUUGGGAAGUAUUGAACUAUAUGUCGCCAUUACGUCACAUAUCAUGUGACCCACAGGAACGUUCCAAGAGCCUUAACUUCCAAGAUUUGAAAAACUUUGACGUUUAUUAUUACCCACAUCCGUGGAGAUAACGAAUUAUUAGUACAAAUAACUCAUAAAUGUUAUUGAUUAGCAUGCUCACCUAUAAAGGGGUAUGUGAUAUUUCAGAUUGUCGACAGAGAGCUAGCUAAGCCAAAUUACGACCACAGAGUCAUUGAAAAUACUUAGCGCCGGUUUGAUACAAUAGUCUGAUAUUGUACCAAAAGCAUCUAAGAUUGCUGAAAUGCUUGAGAUUUGAUUAGCUGGCUGCGGAAAGGUAAAGAAAAUUUGCACCCACUCACUUUGUGGCUUGUGACUCUCUCUAGACCUCAAACUUCUCCAAGACACCGAAAUUUAUCAAGAGUUGAAAAUAUCACUCCUUCUCCGUCGAAACAAUCGUCCUCUCCUGAACUAGUUUGCAUAAUAAUACAUUCUAAAUGCGGCCCGCAUACUUCUCUUUCAGUUGGUAAGCCGUUGCUAUAAACAAGAGUCAUAUUACAUCGAAGUACUGGUACUUACCCCAAUAUGGAUACAACGCAGCCAUUUCACUACAGUAGUAACCUCUUAAGUGAUAUACGUGUAGGUAUCACUGGUCCUCUGAAAUAGAACAAAACGCGCGCAAUUUAUUAUCUUUUCCAGCAGAUGCAUUAGAGAACUUCUCCGUUUUCUAGAAAGCAUAGACAAGGCUUGUUCCAGAGGAGUGUACUUUUUUAAAAUUAUACAAACUUAAAGAUAAUUUCACUAUCGAGUAUUCUGUUGGGGUGGAUCGAAAUUACUGCAACAAAAUAAAAAGAUUCAGGAAAAGUCCAUGUACGUGUCAUAAAUUAGUUGAACCCUUGAUGACAAUUAAAACUCCAUAUGUCUCAAACGCAAUAGCUUAUGCGAAGAUAGCGCUCUUCUUCUCGCUUCCAAACCUCGCACGAUUGAUGUCCAGGUUUAACUUAAGAAAAAGAGGGCUGUCAAUAAGCUUCAGGGGAACCUUACAUCCGAACGAAGUGUGGCCUCAUUUAGUUCUUACUGAGGUUUUUACAUUUAAAAUCUCACCGAACUAUGUUCCUCUUGCGAUCUUCAGCGGCGAGUCGAUCAACCUCUUUGGACUGAUGUGGGACGCACGUUUAUGUGUGGGAAUAAACAUUUCGUAUUGACAAGCAGAAAGCUCUCCAUUGAAUAUUAGAAUCUAAGUCCGCCAAUAAAUUCAAUAUUAGGAUGUUGAGUCGAUUAGUUUUUUUUAGGAAGCCGCCGCAACAAUUGAGGAACGAUUAUCAUAAUCCUGAUAAAAAGAGUAAUAAAAAAGAUCUUGGUUUUAUACCCUUGAAGAGUAAGAUCAAAGAUGAAGUGUCUUGAACGAGGCCAGUAUAACAUGCUCGUCGAUAUUACGAGUAGUUUAAUAUCUGAUCUGCGUUCCAGAUAAAGAUAGUCGAAGGAAAAGCGGCCUGCGAUGGUUUAACUAAGAUUGUAGGAAAAAUCAAUAAUAGCUUCAAUAGAGAUAUACAAAGAAGAUUGUUCUGUUAUUUCCGAACUUUUUAAAAACAAUUCCCUGACUGUAGAUUUUUAUUUUGUUGAUAGAAGUCUACGCUAAAAGAGGCAAGAGAAUGAUAUUUGUAAAAUUUAUCAACUCCAAACAAAGCAAAUAUGAGACAUGAGGUUGUGAAAUCAUGAUUCGGUCUCCUCUUGGGCUGUCAGGCAGGAGUCUUUAUUGUUGCCAAAAUAAAAAUUUCUUCAACGGGCUCAUUAGUUCAUAUCAAAUUUGGCGUUAAGUUUUUCUUCAUUUAAAGAAUGUAGCAUAAUUCUUACCAUCCAAACCAGUAUCCAGUGGAUCUUAAACAGUGGAAAGAAUGGAAACCAGUUUUUUUAGCGGGUGGUCAGCGUUUGGACAAUUGCCCAAUUUUCAUAUGGUGUAACGAAGCUAUACACGUGAGGUUGGGACCCGGCAGAAAACAGAGCGGUUAUCAUACUAUACACAGGUGAGACUGUAUGUUGUACGCAUAACAAAGAUCUUUUUAUAUCUUUUGCGUUAAAUUUGCAAAUAAGUGCACAGUGAUCGCGGGUAGUUAUUUCCGGUCUACAACUUGCAUCCAGGAAUGAUCGUGGACUUUAGAUGUUAAUUUGGUUCGCAUGGUAAGCAUACUGUAAAGAAUGAGUACAACUCAAGAUACAUUCGAUUAUGAUUCCUUUAGAGACUUGAAUUUAACCCUUAAUUUUAUAUUUUUUUAAAACGUAAUUUAUAAAUGAAUCGAUCGUUAUAUUUCUGGAAAGAUCAAGAUCAGUCCGAAGAGUUAUGUUUAAACGCAAAUCAAACAUUAGUUCACAUGUCAGCUGCGGUGAGUGUUCUUUAGGAUUUGAAGCACGUGGGAAGUUUUGAGCACAGACAAGGGCAAGUCUAGCUCCCAAAACUUUCCGUGUGCUUCACACAUCUUACCUCCAUGACGUUUGGAACACUUGAUUUAUCACAUUAUAUUUGGGAAAGCCAGCGCUUUAAAUCUAAAAUAAAUCGUCUUUUGACCCAAAAAGCUCCAAUGAAAUUUAAAAAGUUUGAAAUGUUAUUCCCAAACUAAACAAAUGAUAAUUUUAGUCAACCUCUACUCAGAAGUCAAAAUUUGUAGGAAAAAAACCACACAAGGUCACCGUCAGCUUCACCCCAAAUCAGAGACUUGGCAACUAAGCACACAACUGUAAAAUGGCCUAUUGUUGUUUACUUGACUUCAUGGUCAGAAAAUUGCCCAGUAUUAUGUUGAAAAUUCUGAAAGUCGUCAGAUUCAAAACAAAAUCUUCUGUUGCACAAUACUUCAAGGCAUAUCUACAUUUAAAAAUAAUAUUUACUUGGCUAAAGAAUGGUCUGAAAUUGGUGAAGCUCCACUUUUGUCAUCAAAUUCAGUUUUCAUUUUUCAUCCAUAAUUUGGAUAGUGUUUGGGAAUUGAAGCAUUGUCCAAAAUUCUCACCGUUUCUUUUAAGUCUCGAAAGAUCAUCGCUUUCCAAAUCGAGUAUCCUUCAAUAGAUAUACCUUUCAUUUAGAGCUCCUAAGAGUCUGUCUCAAAAAUGGCAGCCAAACUGGUCACAAAGUUCACAGUCAAUCACUAAGGAAAAUUUUUGGUCUCAGGCCGUUUGUUAAUUUCAUUAGCAUUCACAACAGGAUUUUGAAGCAUGCUCAUGCUAGUUAAGUAGGGUACCUGAAUUUGCUAGCUAUUUCAUAGUGAAUAUUAUUUCAGAUCUGAGAAAAACAUUUACAUCAAAAUCUUUAAGUAGACUUAUCUCAUGGAAACAAAAUUUGGAAUGAAGAAACAAUUUACUAUAAUGAAAUUUUUUACCUGAUUGUGCCAAUUUUUGCCUGUUAACCAUGUAAGUGUAAGUUUACAUAAAAAGUGUUUUUUUUCUGGCUAUUAUGCAAUGCACUGUGUGAAAAUGUUCAUCAGUGUGUGGCUAAAUUCCUUUGCAACAGAGGUAGAUUUCUCUCAACUUGGAUACCACAGCACCCCCUAAAAUUCCUUACAUAGAGAUGCUACCAUUGUAGUCUCCACAAGUAAUAGUAAAUCUUCUGCUUUUUUCAAAGUAUUGCAUUUCUAUUGCAAAUGAACCCAAAAGGUGAUUGAGUCUGCCAGGCCACUUACAAGAAUUUAUCUUGGAAACAGUUUCUUGCAAUAGCUUUUAGGGAAAACCCUUGAAGCAAACUGCAAGUGGAUGGUUCACCCAUCUGGGAGCCCUUUUUCAAAAGAAGUUUAUGAAAGGGAAGAUUUCAUUGGUUAUGUUACUAGAGGCUGAUGAUUGUUAACCUGGUCAUCAACUCCCAGAAAUGAUUAAUGAGUAACUUCUCUCCAUAAUAUCCAUACAACAUCUAGCAAAUAUGUAAUGAGAAUACUCAAACUUAAUGUUGUAUUGUCCUCAAUUUCAAUUAUGGUAGCUUAGAGAAGGAAUUGAACCAGUUGAAGGGGAAAAUCCCAUGAAGUGAAGUGACCAAAAAGGAAAUUCUCCUCACAAUCUUGAUAGUGGAGCUUGCAGAGCAUAGCCCCAUAAUUAUACAGAAUAGUAGUAUCCUAUCAAGCCAAAAAAAUUUGGAUGUACGACUUGUGCUCUUGAGAUCUGUGGGAAAAAUAAAAUGCAAGCUCUGCUUUUAGGCUUGGCUAAAUAUAUAUAUUAUAUUUUCAAGCAAUUAGGUGAUGGGAGGAAGAAAAAAUACCAACCAAGGGGAUACCAUUUAAUUUAACUGAUUCUUUGAUUCUUACCACUAAAAAUAUAAGAAAAGUACAGCAGACAGUGAUGAGAACUGAUAUGUAGUUUAUAGGAAUGAAAGGUUUAAAAACAUGAGAAAAGUGUGAAUCAUACCCCUUUAUUGAUUCCAUUUCUGUGGUCUAGAGGAUUUUUGAUGCAUACUUUUUAUUCAAAGUUCACCAAGUGACUUGCUCAACUGUUAUCUUAUAAGCCGAAUUUUCAUUUUAUAUCUGCUAACAUCAAUCUUUUGAUUUAUUUUGAUAAAUGUACAACUAUAUAAAUUUUCAAGUCUUUGAGAAACUGGAGCACAUUAAUUGCAAUAAAUUUUCAUGUUACUUUUAGGAAAAGAAAUGAGGCAAAGAAAAUCUGAGAAAAGACAUGGGAAUAAUACAGAGGUAAAUCUGGAAAGAACCUUUUGUCUUUGUGGUUCCAGUAAGUCAUCUCUACCCUUUCUUGGAAAAUCUGUAUUGAUUCUGAGCAGUUUCUGGUCUUAGUUUUGGGUUAGAAAUAUGAGACAAAGCUAUGAUUUCUGAUAAGAGUUAGAAAAAGUUGAAGAUAUGAUGGCUUUUUGGGGUUUUAGAAUAUGAGUUGAAGUCAAUGGAAUCAAAAUAAAAUUUGUACCUCUUAAUUACGGUACUCUCAAACAACCAUUUUUUUUGUUUUUGUUCUUAUUGUAAUGGAUAUUUUGCUCUAUAAACACUGACUUAAUUUGGUCAUAAUUGAUUUUUUCUCUCUGUUGUAGUCAAAUCCUUCAACUAAAAGAGAGGGAUCUAAGAAUGAGACAAAUGGUAGCUGGUGGGGUUUGCUAAAGUAUUCCUUACUGCUGUUAGUUCCUGGUUUUCUCAAUCAUGCAGCACUUUAUCGCGAGGAUGUAGCACUUAGACCACAAGGGGAAUUGUACGACAUUGGCUGGAAACAAAAAUUGUUUAUGGCUUGUUUAGGGCAUGGUCCACCCACAGUUAUUCUGGAUGCACCAACAGGCAAAUCUUCAGAUGUGUGGGCUUUGGUUGCUCCUCAAAUCGCUAAGGUGGCUAAAGUUUGUUUUUAUGACAGAGCAGGGCUUGGCUUUAGUCAAAGACCUUUGGUGAAUUGGUCUGAUCCAGAACAGGCCAAACGAGGCAAGCUUUCAACAAGUGAGAGAAUGGUGGAAAAUUUUCAACGACUCUUCACUGAGAGUUCUGAUCAGCCAAAACCCUUUAUACUAGUUGGAGCUGAGUUGGGGGCAGUAAAUGCAAGAUUUUAUACUCAGAUGUUUGAGAACAAUGUUGCAAGCCUAAUACUGAUAAAUCCACUAGUGGAGGGAAUGUUUGGGGAUGAUUGGACAAGGCUGUGGUUUGAACAAUAUGUGUUGUCUCAACAAGUUUUACAGUUUUCUGCAGCGACGGGAAUCACAAGAUUAGCUCUCAUCCUUGGUUUGAUGAAGGUUCCGUUGCAACAUAAACUAUUGCCAGCAAAUGUUACAAUGCGUCAAAAGUAUCUUUUAUGUAAACCAGGUCAUCUAAGUUCAGGAGUUGAUGAGUUUUUCUUUGCAAAUGAAAGCUUAGCUCAGAUGAGAAUGUUGAGGAAAAUUAAACCAUUUCCACAGUCAGUGGAUGUGUCUAUCAUCAGCAGUGCUGUGUAUGAUGAUAAAUUGGAAGGGAACUUACAAAAGGUAAGAAUUCUCAUUUAAACUUGUCACUUCCAAGAUCCAAUCUGUAAUGCUCCCUUACUCAUAACCAUACAUUUUCUUGUAUUUUAGACAAAAAUUUGGUCUCAUUUCAAGAGAGCACUCUUAACCCUUUACACUCUAACACUAGUAUGUAUUUUCUCCAUGCUGUUCUCAACACAUUUCCUAAGGUACUGACAAUGAGAAUAUCUUUAACAACCAAGAACCUCUUUAGUUGGUGAUUGUUUGCUCUCUUGUAAAUCAAUUGAAAUGUUCCAAUUGCGCAUUUGGGAGCGGUCCAUAUGCGGAGUCUGGAUGGGAAAAUUGGGACUGCUGGAGUGUGCGUAAUUAGCCAAUCAGCUUUUGGGGAUUUAGGAUUCAGAAAUGGCUGAGAUGCUUGAGAGAAAAUGUUAGUUAUUUUUGGAAAUUUGUAACAUGAGUGCAAGAAGUCAAAGUUUUGAAAUUUCAUGGCUGUGAUUAAAUUGUAGAUACAAGCAGAGAAUUUUUGACUGUUUUAGUUGGUGUUCUGCUCUUUAUUUUCCUUCAACAUUUAUUAAUUUAUGAAAACUUCAAUUUGUAUCAUGGUAUUUGUCAUAGAAAAGAUCUCUGUGUGAAAUUAUCAUUACAAUUGUUGCAGUUCUGAGACUUAUCUUGCAAUUAACUCCCUCAAUGUGUUAUUUGAAUGCUUUGUUUUGUUUUGAUUUUUUUUUUCAUCCAUUUCACUGAUAUAUCAUUAUUUCCACUUUUUUGUCAGGUAUGGUCUAGAGCACAGGAUCAGAUAUCAAAUGUCUUACAUCCAGGAAGUGAAAAGAUUCCUCUUUCAGGAAACAUUCAAUCAGCACUUUUACAACAUUCUGAAGUUAUCGUGAAAGUUAUUACAAAACAUGUUAGUAAAUGGAGGCAAAAACAACACAAACCAAAGAGCUCCUGAUAUACUACCUCAAACUACUUCAAGA